AUCACAUGGAUGGUUGUCUAUUAACUUGUUCAAAAAAGUAUCAGGAGUUGUCAGGCUCUCCUCUCUCUCUCUCUCUCUCCACUGCAAAGUGCCCAGUUGUUGGUUUCUAUAACUUGCAAAGAGUAACGAAAAUAUUAACAAAUUCCACGCUCGUUCCUUCACUUUUUGGUUUUGUUGACGGACCGAGACGAGAAAAGUUUCUUUUUUUUUAAAACCAACGCCAACCCCCUCCCCCUCCAAAAAAAAGACAUUGAAAACAAAAGCUCUCAGAACAUCAGGUUGAAUGUACAACAUGAUGGAAACCGAUCUCAAACCGCCCGCCCCACAACAAACUUCGGGGGGAACGGGCAACUCCAACUCGGCGGGAAACAACGCGAAAAACAGUCCAGACAGGGUCAAGAGACCCAUGAACGCGUUUAUGGUCUGGUCCAGGGGCCAGCGGCGGAAAAUGGCCCAAGAAAACCCCAAAAUGCACAAUUCUGAGAUCAGCAAGAGGCUCGGGGCGGAGUGGAAACUUUUAUCCGAGGCCGAGAAGAGGCCGUUCAUCGACGAGGCGAAGCGGCUGCGAGCCCUGCACAUGAAGGAGCACCCGGAUUAUAAAUACCGGCCCCGGAGGAAAACCAAGACCCUGAUGAAAAAGGACAAGUACACUCUGCCGGGCGGCCUGCUGGCGCCCGGCGCCAAUGCAAUGAACGCCGGGGUCGGGGUCGGCGUCGGCGCUGGAGUCAACCAGAGGAUGGACGGUUACGCGCACAUGAACGGCUGGGCGAACGGGGGCUACAGCAUGAUGCAGGAACAGCUCGGCUACUCUCAGCACCAGGGCCUGAACGCUCACAACGUGGCCCAGAUGCAGCAGAUGCACCGCUACGAUAUGAGCGCGCUGCAGUACAACUCAAUGACCAGCGCUCAGACCUACAUGAACGGCUCGCCCACCUACAGCAUGUCCCCAGCCUACACGCAGCAAGGCACAGAACUUGGAAAUAGCUGGCAGAUAGAUGGAAAGUAAUUAAGGUAUUAAAACAAGCAAUGCAUUCCUCCAGAGGACCUUAUCAACCAAGAACAGACUCAGCAUCCCCUCAAUAUGCUAAUAUAGGAAGAGUGACGUCACGGCUCCAACUUGCCGCCACCCAUUGCGGAAAUAAGGUGUGAAGUUCUGGAAAGAAACUGAUGUUUCCCAUUCUCAUUGUAAUCAUUUAUCUCUUAGCCGCAGUUUUAAAAACGCCAAUCCCCUACUGUUAAGUGACUUGCCGUCCCUACCCCCAUCCCAUUAUUUGAUGGUCUAAGAUGUUAUAGUUUUGUUUGACGCAUAUAAUUUAGUAACUGAAAAAAAGAAUCCGGAAUUUAAAACGAAAUGAACUCUUAAAACCAAAUGUUACUGAGGCGAUGGAUCAGAAUUUGGAUUUACCCAUUAAUGUACAGAAAAAUAUAUAGUGUGACAUGGUAUUCAUGUGGCUGAGUGAAUCAUAACAGGUUCAAAUGACUGUCAUUCAUAAGCUUUCAUAAUACCAAAAACUUUAUUAGCUUGCUAAGUUUUAUUUCAGGAGACGAAGAUCUGUGCAACAAAACAAAAAGCUCUGACCAGCAAUAACGAUUGGUUGUGUUUUGCAAGUAUGACAACCCGACUCGAUAAGAAGGACUUUUUUUUUGCCUGGGAACAAUGCCAUCUACUUGCCCGAUGGGCCAUUAUCAGUUACGUUUCCUUGAGUUUAAUUCUGGAGCUGGCCAUGUAUCUAAA